UGCCAAAGGAAAUCCUUCCUCGCCAAAAAAAUGGCGCCGCUCAAGUGGGCUUGGGCUGCAGUGUUUAUUCUGAUAUUUGUCAGUCUGAUCCUCACUUGUAACUGCGACAAUGUGGAAAUUUCAAACGAGUCAAUUAGAGAAGAUGAAGUCGAUCAGAUCGCGACACAAACAGCGAGUCCUGGUGAGACUCAGCACGGUGAAGAAAGCAGCAAUGACGAGGUCCAGGCUGAAGAGCAGCAGUGGCAGGAGACUGACUCGGGGAUAAAGGAUGCAGAUGAAGACAGAAGGGCUGACUCUGGGAUUAAGGAUUUUCCUGGAGACAGCAGAUCUUUCACAAUACCUCCAGCUAAAGACCACUUUCAGGAGGAACUGGUGAUUCGGCCUCUCCAUUCAGGGGACAUCUAUGCGAAUUUCCAGUUUCGCACACAAUUGGACACAGAUUUUUUACAAGAAGAAAAGAAAGUGUCCCACUACCGUCUCUUCCCAAAGCCCCUGGGCCAGGUGCUGUCAAAAUUCUCUGUGCGAGAGCUGCACAUCUCAUUCACACAGGGCUACUGGAGGACCAUGCAGUGGGGGCAGCCGUUCAUUCCUGCUCCUCCUGGAGCCGAGCUCUGGGUCUGGUUCCAUAACACAGUAGUGGAUGUUGAUGAGAACUGGAAGGAGCUCACCAAUGUUCUCUCAGGCAUCUUCUGUGCUUCUUUAAAUUUUAUUGACUCCACCAACACUGUGGAGCCUAGUGCCUCUUUCAAACCCCUAGGACUGGGGAAUGUGACAGAUCAUCGUUUCCUUCGUUAUGCCACAUUGCCAAGGGAAAUUGUGUGUACAGAGAAUUUGACCCCUUGGAAAAAGCUUCUUCCUUGCGGCUCCAAGGCUGGUCUCGCAGUGCUGAUGAAGUCAGAGAAGCUUUUCCACAGCAGUUUUCACUCACAGGCUGUGCAUAUCAGACCCAUCUGUAAGGAUUGGCAGUGUUCAGGCACAGCAUGGGAAUUAAGACAGACCCUGAGUGUAGUGUUUGACCUCUAUACCUCUGGUCAGGGCAAAAAGGACUGGUCCCUUUUCAAGAUGUUCUCUCGCACUCUGACUGAGGCUUGCCCUCUAGCAUCUUCUAGCAAAAUCUACGUGGAUGUCACAGACAACCCCGAGGGUGAGCUGUUUGACUUGAGCCCAGCUACACCUCUCCUCAACACCACUGUGGUUCUGGGGGAUCGCAGGACUUAUGCUGUGUAUGAUCUAACCAAAGCGGAGACUUUUGGCCAGCUACGCUCUCUCAAUCUCUUAAUGCGCUGGAAAGCAGAAAGCGGAGACAUGCUGCGUCCAAUGCUACAUGCAGAGCGCUAUGUGGCAGGAUUCGGACUCCAGACGGGCGAGAUACACACACUAAUCUAUAACAAUCAUCCGUACCGAGCUUUCCCUGUUCUCCUGCUGGAGUCAGUGCCCUGGUAUCUGCGACUUUAUAUUCACACGCUCACUAUCACCAGCAAGUCACGUGAAAACAAGCCAAGCUACAUUCACUACCAACCUUCAAAAGACCGCUUGCGUCCUCAUCUCCUCGAGAUGCUCGUGCAGUUACCCCCUCAUUCGGUCACUGAGGUCACGGUGCAGUUUGAAAGAGCUCUUCUCAAGUGGACAGAAUACACUCCAGAUCCGAACCAUGGUUUCUAUGUCGGAUCGUCUGUGAUAAGUGCUCUCGUGCCAAGCGCUGUCGCCAUGGACAUCAACAGCACUCAGGAGCGCCCGCUUUUCAGCAGCUUUUUCCAUACCAAAGAGGAGUCAAGCUACUUUGUGCGCGUGUACACAGAGCCUUUGCUGGUUAAUUUGCCAACGCCUGAUUUCAGCAUGCCCUAUAAUGUCAUCUGCCUCACCUGCACGGUUGUGGCUGUGGCCUAUGGCUCCUUCUACAACCUACUGACCCGUACCUUCCAGGUGGAGGAACCGAGCCCACCGCUAGCUAAACGCAUAGCCAACGUCAUCCGCCGUAUACGGGGAGUACCACCGCUGUGAAGGACAUCAAAUUAACUGUGAAGCUUAUUAGGCAGCUGGAAAUCUAUGGACAUCUUGCUUAAGGGGCAAGCUCAAGUUGUUGAGCUGAGAGGAAAAGUCAAGAACAGCAGUGCAAGCUUUACCAAGAACUAAAUGAUAUAGAUCUGUGGGUUUUUUAUUUAGUCUGUUAACACUGGAGGAAAUGAACUAUUUCAGUUUGUUUUAGGGCAAGAGGGAUUCAUUUACAUCUGAGUAUAUCACUGUGUAUUGGCAUUUUCUGAUUCCAUUCAUCUGGAAGACAAACUUGAAGCGAAAUGUGAACCCUAUCGUACUUUGGGAAUGAGCAAAAGCCAUUAAUCAUUCUGUUUUGGAAAUCCAGUGAAGAUGGAAACAAACUGUCAAGCAAAAUCAAGCAAAAAAAAAUUCCAGUCAUCGUAUUGUACAAAUGUUAUUGCUGUAAAAUUGCUUGCCCUUGGAA